AUGUCGAGUUCAAAACCCUUGACGGAACGAUGUUAAGCGGGUGGUUCUACCCAGCUGGAGAAAACGCCCCGGCAGUAGUCAUUUCUCACGGCGUAACUCGCCCUCUCGUCCUCCCGUCCCCGUUGCUCCACUCCUCCUACUAACCCCAAGACUAGUUCGCCUGCCUAAAAUCCUGGUGCCUCCCGGAAAUCUCCACAGCCCUCUAAUCCUCGGGCAUUGCCUCUCUCCUCUACGACCACCGCUGCUUCGGCACAUCUUCGGGCACACCCCGCCAUGACAUAGAUCCCGAACUGCAAUCCUCAGACGUCCAUGACGCCGUCGGUCACCUACUUUCCUUCGCAAGCGUGAACCCAGACAAAAUCUGGAUAAUAGGGUUCAGCUACUCAGGAGCCCACGCCGUAAAAGCCGCUUCUCUGGACCGGCGCAUCAAAGCCGUCAUAUCGAUCAACGGCUUCAUCCGCGGCUCCUGGCUAGUGGGAAUACUAGUGCCGGACAGAGCCUCCUCCGACGCACUUAUCUGGGAGGAUAGGGAACGUCGUCGCACGGGUGGUGGGGAAGUGGGAUACCUCCCCCUCUGCAAAACCGCAGAAACUGGCGAUAAUGUGCUUUUCCCAACGCAGGAUUCGGGGGAAUUUUACCUGGGGAUGCAGAAAGCAGGGUUAGCCAGGGGUGAGGAAUGGAGGAACGAAGUCACAAUGCAGAGCCUUUUGAAGAUGAGGAGGUGUAAUGUGAUGGAGGACCUGAAGGUUCUGGCCCCGACGAGUUUGUUGAUGAUUGUGGAUGAGGUUAUCCUCGGAUGCGGGGAGCACUGGAGGGCCUUUGAGGCGGCGGAGGCGGGGGGCGAAAUUUUACGGGAGUUUGUAACAGUUGAGGGUGGCCACUUCGCCCCUUUGACCGAGGGUAAGACGUUGGAGAGGGUUAUCGAACAUUCACUUCGCUUUCUGAGGAGGGCCUUUGACGGGAAGAUCGAUGAGGGGGUCACGAUACCUUAG